AGCGCGACGCGCGGGAGGUUCGCGUGCGACCUGACGGUGACGCGCGAGCUCACGAAUCGCUUCGGCACGCUGCACGGCGGCGCGAUCGCGACGAUCGUGGACGUGCUCACGACGGCGGCGCUGCUGACGAUGACGACUCGCGGUGGGGUGAGCGUGGAGCUGUCGUGCGCGUACUGCGCGCCGGCGACGCUGGAGGAGACGGUGCGCGUGGAGUGCGAGGUGGUGAAGAUGGGCAAGACGCUGGCGUGGAUGGAGUGCAGGAUGACGCGGGCGAGCGAUGGAGAAGUGGUGGCGACGGGGAAACACACGAAGUUUUUA